AUGGAGGUAGAAAUAGAUGAGCCGGUUUGUUUACUGUGUCAGUUAAACUGCACCGAUCGGCACUGCUUAACUGAGCGGAUAAAUAUUAGCAAUGGCUCGAUGGCUGAUGUUUUAUGCAAGCACUUCUGGUUGUCGAAAUCCUCUUGCGAAGGGCGAUACAUCUGUGCUACUUGCUGGGACUUAACAUAUUCCUUCCAUAAAUUCUACAUCGAAAUAGAACGAGUGCACUCUGUGCAUUCAACAGCAACUAUUAAGCAAGAGUCAGUUUACACAGAACAGAAGCAAUCCUGCUCGACCGAGCAGCUGGACUGGUUGCAUGAUGAAAAUACCUUGCUAACAAAUGCAAAUGAAGUUUACGUAAAAGAAAACUAUACCGGCAGCGAUACUGAAUCGACAGUGGAGCCCACGGAUGCUAUCGAUCGAGAUGCCACAUCAGAGAACGAUUCAAAUGUUCCUUUAUCGUCGCUCAAGCAAGGAUUCACAUGUUCCCGCCUCGCGCAACAAAAUAACGCUUCUGAAAGGCCUUCACCAUUUCCCGGUGUAGGAUUGUCGUUAAGCCGAAUAAUCGGCCGUUCGCUCGAGCUUCUCUGCCACGACUGUUUCCGUCAAGCGAAUUCCGAUACCCAAGCGCCGGAAAAUGUAACGACCGCACGCUUUACCUUCGCUGCACUGUUGAAACACUAUCGGCAAGAGCACAACAAAGCUGGUUAUGCAGUUUGCUGCAACCGAAAGUACACGCGUAGAACGUCCAUAAAGAUGCAUCUGCUGUCACACGGUAGGAAGGUGACAUACUGUUGCAUUCCCUGUGGUAUAAAGUUUCGCAAACAGGAUUCUUUAGACGAGCACAACCUGCUCAUCCAUACGUCGGAGGAGGAAAAGCAGUUCAAGUGUGGCCAAUGCGAUAAAUCGUUCGCGACCGAGCACCUGCUGAGCUCGCACGGAAUUUGGCAUGAAAAUAUUGCUAAAAAGAAUAUAACUUGCAACAUUUGUAACCUAUUCUUUGCCAGUCAGCCAUCGCUAAAAAAGCAUCUUGCACUGUAUCACCCAUUGCCGGAGAGCACUGAGACGCACCUGGCUUCUGGCAAUAGCAGCAGUACGGAACCCACCGAAGAGCGGCUAGUUGGUUCUCAGUAUCGCACACGCAUUUCAGCGGCAAAAAUCAGCGAACAGGACGAGCUUAUCAAAUGCCACUGUCUGUUAAACUGUAACAAAUGUGAAUUUAUUGGGGACAGCUUCAUACAGCUCAGACAGCAUAUGAUGCAGGCGCACGGUUUGCGGCGUUGCGAGGUUACAUGCUGCGACCGUACGUACAGCAAGCGUCAAUCGCUCUACGAGCACUGCUUGGUGCACAAAAAUCCCGAAUGCUUCCGUUGCGAUGUGUGCGGCAACAGCUACUCCAGCAGUCGCAGUCUGCAAAAUCACAAAUGGCGCAUACAUACACCGGCCGCGGAGCGACCCUUCUGCUGUGACGUGUGUGGCGAAACGUUUGUGAAGGAUUACAUGCUGAAGCAGCAUCUGGUGCAUCACUUGGCGAAACAUAAAAAGCUCAACUACUGCCAAGAGUGCAAGCGUUCGUUUACGACGGCGACGGUGCUCAAAUCCCAUCAGCAGACGUUUCACGGUGGUGGUUUCAAUUGGAUCUGUGAUAUCUGUGCGAAAGGGUUCAACGGUCGCACGCUGUUCGAAAACCAUCGUUUAACACAUUCGGUCGAGGGAAAGACGCUACUGAAACAUCAAUGCGAACUUUGCAAUAAAUGGUUACGAAAUAAAAAAUCCUACCAACAGCACCGGAUACGGUGCCACAGUAGCGAUGGACCGGUGACAUGUAAAUUCUGCGGCAAGGAGUCAGUUAACGCGAGUGCAUUAAAGUCACACAUACAUCUGCAUCACGCUUCACGGCCCGAGUAUCCCUGCACGUAUUGCAGCAAAAGCUUCAAGACGCCGUUGCGCCUACGGGAGCAUGAAGCCACACACACCGGAACGAUACUGUACCGAUGCCCGUGGUGUACGCGUACCUUUGCCUGUGGUUCGAACAUGUACAAACAUAAGAAGGCGGCCCAUCCACAGGAGUGGGCUGCCUCGGUAAAGAAACGGUUCGGGGAACGUUGA